GUUCCCAGAUGGCUUUGAGAAGUUUUCUCCUCCCAUCUUACAACUUGAUGAAGUGGACUUUUGCUACGAGCCCAAUAACUACAUCUUUUGCUCCCUCUCUGUCUCUGCUGACCUGGACUCUCGCAUCUGUGUGGUUGGAGAGAACGGAGCUGGCAAAUCUACCAUGCUGAAGAUCCUGAUGGGAGACCUGGCACCUGUGCGAGGGAUUAGACACGCUCACAGAAACCUUAAAAUUGGCUAUUUCAGUCAGCAUCAUGUGGAUCAGCUGGAUUUGGAUAUUAGUGCCACAGAACUACUAGCCAAAAGGUUUCCAGGGAAGUCAGAGGAGGAAUACCGCCAUCAGCUGGGGUGCUACGGAGUCUCCGGAGAAUUGGCGGUCCGCCCGGUUGCCAGCCUAUCGGGGGGACAGAAGAGCAGAGUGGCCUUUGCCCAGAUGACCAUGCCUUGCCCCAACUUCUAUAUACUGGAUGAACCAACAAACCACCUGGACAUGGAAACCAUUGAAGCUCUAGCAAAAGCACUCAACAAAUUCCGGGGCGGCUUGAUCCUCGUUUCGCACGACGAACGCUUCAUCCGGCUGGUGUGCAAGGAGCUGUGGGUGUGUGGCAGCGGCACCGUGCAACGUAUCGAGGGCGGCUUCGACGAGUACAGAGACAUCUUGCAAGAGCAGUUCCGGAAAGAAGGUUUCCUAUAAAGGCGCCCAGCUGUGUGCGCGAGCUGGCGGAGGGAGUGGAACACGCCCGAUGGAAUCGCCGGUGGGGGGGGGCGGGAUUCCACUGCCGUUGGGCGAAACAACUGCCGAGCUGAAACACCCCCCCCUCCUCCUCCUCCUUCCCCCCUCUCCCCCGAGUAACCAGCAUCCGCCGGGAAAGAGAGGACGAAAGUAACCCAAGUUGCCAACUCCGCUGCUGGAUCUGUGCCAAGUCUCUGCUGGGCAGGGACAGAAGGACAGCUGAAGGGAGAGGUUAUUUUGGGGGGGGGGGGGGGCAGGGGGGCCCCCAGGGCUGAUUUAAGGGGGUGGGAGUUGGGAUGGGGGAAGAGACACGGCUGCUCCGAGCUGUCCCUGUCUCCCCCUCACCCCAUCCAGCCUGUCGGUAGAACUGAACCCACCGCCGAGGAAUGUAAGAAGGCUUCAGGCGUAAAUAAAUGUUGCACGUUUGAGUAGCUUCUCCUGGAAAUGGGCUGGAGCCGCAAAACCGUCCUUUGGAAACUGGAUCGUUUCUUGCCGCCUUCUCCCCCUCUUAAUGGGAAAGAGUUGCAGCCCCUCCAAGCAAGCAAGCAAGCAAGCAAGCCAGGUUCUCUUGAAAUGGCUUCUCUCUUUCUUUUUUCUUUUUUCCUCAUGGCAUAGCCUUAAAUUUCCUCCCCUUUCCUGCCUCCUCCCCGCCCGACCUCAGACGGUGAUGCUUUUUGUAGAGGUCUCCAAACUUGGCAAUUUUUAAGGCUUGUGGACUUCAACUCCCAGAAUUCCUCAGCCAGCUAUGCUGGGACU